AGUUCUAGACGUUGUCUUUCCAUUUUAAGAAUUUCAUAGGACAUUGACCAAUGACCAGCAUGGCUGCGCCCGCGCCAGCGCCUCGCGACCAGGUAGCAGCCGAUGUCUAUACUGAGCUCUCGCAGGCGCUCGACUCUGUCCAGGCAGCCGGCACCUUUGCUGCCUUUGCUAAGAUCAAGGAGGCAAUUAUCAAGCCCUUCUUCGUUCAAGAUGUCGGCCCGGUUGACUUCCCGCUCCAAGAAUCCACGGCGCGUCAAUUGAUUGAGAAGGCGCGCCAAGCUCCCUACGGCAAGGGCAGCGAGACCUUCGUUGAUACGUCGGUCCGCAAUACCUGGGAGCUGGAUGCCUCUCAGCUCGACCACAUGGUCCCCCAGUGGACUCCGACCGUUGAUAGUGCCUGCAAGUGGGCCGCCAAGCAGCUGGGGAUAACGGUCCCCAUCACGGCCCAGCUGUACAAGAUGUUGAUCUACGAGGAAGGUGCCAUGUUCAAGGCCCAUACCGACACCGAAAAGGUUCCUGGCAUGUUUGGCACUCUCGUCAUCUGCCUCCCGUCAGAACAUCAAGGCGGCGACCUCGUCCUUAAGCAUCGCGAUGUCACCAAGAUCUUUAAAACUUCCGAGGCUCAGCCUUCGAUGGCCUGCUGGUACUCGGACGUCUCCCACGAGGUGCUGCCCGUCACUUCCGGCCGCCGCUGGGUCCUGACCUACAAUCUCGCCAUCUCGCAUCCUCUCCACAGCCGGCCCUGCGCCGCGCUCAACGCUCCGAGACACGACAAGGUCAGAAGAGCCUUGGCUGCGUGGUUGGGCCUUCGGAGCCGCGAAGGCGACGGUGCCCACUCCGGCUACCUGUACUAUCUGCUCGACCACACGUAUACAGAGGCCAACAUCUCGCUCAACGCGCUGAAAGGCGCCGAUCGUUCCCGGAUGCAAUGUCUAAACGACGUGUGCAGUGACCACAACGCUACUCUACUUCUUGGCGUGCUGGAGAAGGAGGAGUUCGGAGGUUGCGCGGAAGUCUAUGAUGGCCCCCACGGUGGUCGCGGGGGGGGGGGGCGGCGUGGUUACUUGGGCGAUAAUGGCGAAGAUGAUGACGACAUUGAGGACGAAGAUUCUGAGUGGCAUCCAUUUGUGGAUGUUUUCGAGACCGACGUGAGCAUCAAGAAGCUCGUCAACCCCGAAGGACGUACCCUGCGAACCGGCUUGAAAAUCGACACGGCUGAGCUCGAAGGAAACCUCAUCCAGGAUUAUGCCGACCCGUUCGAGACGGCGGAUCAUGGCGAGAGGGACUAUUCGGGUUUCACGGGUAAUGAGGGAGUGUCUGCCCGACAUUGGUACCGGGUGACGAUCGCCGUAAUUGUAGCCAACGAUGCUGUGGACGAAUUUCUUACAAAGGCCAUCACGAGAACCGAUGCGCAAGGCCUUUUGCCCAAAUACCUUCUACGGUGCUCCGACCCGAAGAAUCGCGCCUCGGUCAUGAAGACGGUGCAAUACCUUGCCCAACGUGCUUGGUCAUCGGCAAGCUCCACUAGUGCCGCAGAGAACUAUGUGUACAUCCCCGAGUCGGAGUUCAGCAUGGAAGUUGUUUUGCAAUUUCUGGAGACUGUCUUGCUCUGCCAGCAGUACGAGCUGUUUAGCAAGGCCCUAGGCUGGUUCAGAACCCGAGUGGGGACCCCGCUGUUUGCGCUGGUCAAGACGGCCGCAGCUGAGGAACUGUUUGACUUUACCAAAGUGAAAGACAGUCUCCUCCAGAACUUGUCCAUUUGUUCGCUGGCUGCCCGUCCAGCGCUCUUGUCAUCGCUCGUGUCUUUGAAUGGAGAUAACCGCAGUCUUUACAUCCGGGAUUGGGCAGCCAACGAAGCUGUUCCUGCCGCCAUAGACGAUUGCUUGCGGUUACAAAAGGUGACUGAGGCUGAUGGGAGCGCAUUGGCCACCAUGGUCGAAGAGUACCAUGACCUUGACUAUCUGAGUACAAAGUUGAUUCCUGCCAUUGAGAAACGGGCUGCUUUGACCCCCUUUGCAUUGGCUGCUUUCUUGAAAUGUGUCUCUUUCGCCGACAGGGGUGCCGAUCAGAUGCCUGUCCACACCGCCGUUCUUGAGCUUUGCAAGCCAUUGCUGGAGUCUGUCAUCAAUUCCAUGGACGUUGGCACCUUGCGCAGCAAAAACGGCGCAGCGCAAACGGCCGCCACUACAAAGGCCCAGAGAUACAGCUACUACCAGGAAUAUCGUUAUAGCCGCUCGGAACCCCAGGCUCUCGAGUUCUUAAUUAGCCCCAGUCUGCUGGCCGAAUGCGUUUCCCGUUGUAUCCAGCUCGGCUGGAAUGAAUCGUCAAUGCUUCUGUGCCGCAGGAUCGUCGACAGAGCCGGCCUCAUCCCCGUGCCCGAGUUCCGUCACCUCUGGAUCCCCUUCAUUCACCGCUUGAUGUCCACCCUCGAGGAAAACCGGGUGCCACUUUCGACUCCCCGCUACCAGGAAGUCGCCUGUGCCAUUCUAGAGCUAUACCUGGACGUGGCGGUUGGAAAGGAGCCCAGCGGCGAAGUCAACUACAGCCAAAGACCCGUUAACCCAAAUUGCUAUUGCACUGACUGCCCUGCGAUGGAUCGGUUCCUCGCGUCGAACCAGCGCGAGUGGCAGUUCCCCGCCGCCGAGAGGCGCCGCCGGCACAUUCAAACCGUGCUGGAGUCGAGAGGCGCGGGCUGCUCGUUCAACACGCUGCGGUACAGCAGCCCGCACACGCUCGUCGUCACUAAGAAUAUUGAUUCCGGCGCCAGGGCGAAGAGAGAGUGGACCGACAAGUUCACCCAGGCCUGGGACGACAUCACCAAGUUCGAUCAGGAGAAGCUGAAGGUGCUCCUUGGUGCGCACUACGAGAGGAUCACGAGCAUGCGCCAUCUCCGCUUCCCUGGCACCGGAACUGCAGCUCAAGCGCAGCAAACUAUAGCGGAGAGGCCGCGACAGGCAGGUGGCACGGCUGCCCAGCCUAUCGUCAUUAGAGACUCUCCAUUUGCGGGUAUGAAGCGGAGAGCUGUAGACUGAAAACCGGACUGGAUGUCGUGCUUGUGUAACUGCAGUGACGACUGACGGGGCCAUGUAUAGGGUUAUAGGGGCUGACCUCACGGCAUUCCAAGUAGGCGUCAAUGUGGCCAAGCAAUGGGGAAAUUGCUAUGUGUCGGAAGGAGCCGCACCUAAGCCACAUAUGGGCGCAGGUGGCGCACAUGCUAGACCGUUUACAGCCUAGACUGUGUCAGCCG